UAUUUUAUUUAUUUGAUCUCUCUCCUACAAUUACUCCCUCUCUGCUCUCUCUGACUAUUUCUCUCUCUCUCUCUCUAAAAUAUUCUUCCAGAAAAUUGAAAGCUUGAUCCUUCAGCUACUGCUUAUGUAAUUGCUUAUUCGAAUUAAUGAAGAGAAUACAUUGAUUCAAUUGGUAGACGGAGGAACACAUGCACCGCUAAUGCGUUCAGGUGGUAGACUGGAAAUUGGGGAGGAUUGGCAAGCGGAUUUGGUUGAGAAAUGGGGGCUUCUCCGGCCAAGUUCUUGUUCGGAUUCCUAUUUGUCUCCAUCGUACUAUGGAUUAUAUUCAUGUUUGCUUCCAGGUUACUGGCACGGAUCCUUAGUCGAGUUAUGGGGGCAUCAGUUGGAUUUCGAGUUGGUGGAUGGAAAUGCUUGAGAGACAUUGUUGUGAAGUUCAAUAAGGGUGCUAUUGAAUCCAUAUCUGUUGGUGAAAUCAGACUAAGUCUACGCCAGUCCUUGGUUAAGCUUGGGGUCGGCUUCAUUUCCAGGGAUCCAAAAUUGCAGGUGGUAAUAUGCGACUUAGAAGUUGUAAUCAGGUCUUCGCAGAAAAGCACUCAGAAAAGCACUCAGAAAACCAAAUCAAAAAAAUCCCGCAGCUCAGGUAGAGGGAAGUGGAUGGUUUUGGCUAACAUGGCAAGGUUUUUGUCAAUCUCUUUGACUGAUCUUGUGUUAAAGACGCCAAAGGCUACUUUGGAUAUUAAAGAACUGAGAGUAGACAUAUCGAAAGAUGGUGGACCUGAGGCGGCCUUGUUUGUAAAGCUGCUGCUUUUUCCUAUUAAUGUUCACCUAGGUGAAUCACGAGUGACAUCUGAUCAGUCAGUAACCUCUGGUGGAUCUCUCUCUGCUAACCAGUUGAACGGUGGGGCUUGUGCUCCUUUCAGCUGUGAAGAAUUCUCUCUCUUGUGUGAGCUUGGUCAUAAUAGGGAAGCUGGUAUAGUCAUUAGGAAUUUGGAUGUUACAUUCGGGGAAGUCCACGUAAACUUAAAUGAGGAUUUGUUGCUUAAGAAAAAGGGUUUGUCCGAAACCUCAUCUGACCAUUCCUCAGUUGUACCAGCACACAAGGAAUCUGGGUCUGCUGAAAAACCACAAGGAAAACAAAAGUUGGCUGCGUUAUCCAAAUUCACUUCCAUUUUCCCAGAAAAGGCUGCCUUCACUCUGCCUAAACUUGAUGUAACGGUUGCACAUCGAGGUUAUGGGCUCAUGCUUGAGAAUAACAUUAUGGGAGUCCAACUGAAAUUGAUGAAAUCUCGAUCUGUUGAAGAUGUGGGUGAAAGUGCAAGGCUUGAUAUUCAGCUGGAAUUUAGUGAGAUUCAUCUGCUUAGAGAAGUUGGCAUCUCUGUUAUGGAAAUCCUGAAACUGGAUGUUGUUUCCUCUGUUUAUAUACCACUACAGCCCAACUCCCCUAUCAGAUCUGAAAUUGAUGUUAAGCUUGGGGGCACACAGUGCAACUUAGUUUUGAACAGGUUAGAACCAUGGAUGCGCAUCCGUCCUCCACCUAAGCCGAAAAAGGAACCAGUAGAAGAAAGCUCUACCAAAGAAAAACCAAAGGCAUCUGAACAGAAAGGAAUCAUGUGGACAUGCACCCUUUCAGCCCCAGAGAUGACAGUUGUGCUUUAUAGUUUGAAUGGCUUUCCACUAUACCAUGGUUGCUCACAGUCAUCACACAUAUUUGCUAACAACAUUUCUAGUACAGGUGCCACGCUACAUAUGGAACUUGGUGAACUAAACCUACACAUGUCUGAUGAAUAUCAAGAAUGCUUGAAAGAAAGCUUGUUUGGCGUGGAAACAAAUACAGGUUCAUUAAUGCACAUUGCUAAGGUCAGCUUGGACUUGGGUAAGAAAGAUGCAGAUUCACCUGAAGAUGUUUCAAAGAGUAAGAUGGUUCUUGGUGUGGAUGUUACUGGCAUGGGUUUGUACUUCACCUUCAGGCGUCUUGAAUCACUGGUAUUAACUGCUCUAUCCUUUAAGGCCUUGGUGAAAAGGAUAUCUGCCUCAAGUAAGAAACCAGCACAAAGCAAAGGCAUCAAGUCAUCCAAGCCAUCAGGCAAAGGGAUUCAGCUUUUGAAACUAAAUCUGGAAAGGUGCUCUGUCAAUGUCUGUGGAGAUGUGGGCUUGGAUGACAUAGUUAUUCCAGAUCCCAAACGCGUUGAUUAUGGAUCCCAAGGUGGUAGAGUUUUAAUUAGUAUCUUAGCUGAUGGGACCCCACGCACUGCUCAUGUAAUGCCUACAACUUCAGAAGAGUGCAGAAAGUUGAACUAUUCUGUAUCUCUUGAUAUUUACCACUUCAGUUUUUGCAUGAACAAGGAGAAAAAAUCAAUGCAGAUGGAGCUUGAAAGAGCUAAAUCUAUCUAUCAAGAAUUUGGUGAAGAUAAUAAUCCGGGAGCAAAGGUUCCCUUGUUUGACAUGCAGAAUGCAAAGCUUGUUAGGCGAUCUGGUGGUCUUAAAGAAAUUGAGGUCUGUUCUCUUUUCAGUGCCACAAAUAUCUCGCUUAGGUGGGAGCCAGAUUUGCAUAUCUCGUUAUUUGAACUAGGGUUGAAGUUGAAGUUACUGGUACAAAACCAUAAGCAUCAGGGACACGAUGACGGGGAGAAAAUUCACACUGUGAAAGAUAAUGAGCCUAAAAAUGAGACUUCUUUGGAAUCAGUCAAGUACGGGAAACCACCAAAGAAAAGAGAAUCAAUUUUUGCUGUUGAUGUGGAAAUGCUUAGUAUAUCUGCUGAAGCUGGAGAUGGAGUUGAAGCCUUUAUUCAGGUUCAGUCCAUCUUUUCUGAGAAUGCCCGAAUCGGAGUGCUUCUCGAGGGUCUUAUGGUCCAACUAAAUGAAGCUAGAAUUAUUAGGAGCAGCAGGAUGCAAAUAUCUCGAGUCCCUAAUGCCUCUGGGAGUUCUUCAGAUGCAAAAUCUGUAACAGUAACUACCUGGGACUGGGUAAUUCAAGCCCUUGAUGUGCAUAUAUGCUUGCCAUUUAGGUUGGAGUUGCGUGCAAUUGAUGAUGCUGUCGAAGAUCAGCUACGGGCGUUGAAGCUUGUGAUGUCUGCGAAAACUAGAUGUAUGUUUCCUGAGAAGAAAGAGCAGUCAAAAGAUUCAAAACCCAAGAAACCUAGUUCAUCAAGAACUGGAUUCAUUAAGUUGAGUAUACGUAAACUAACAGCUGAAAUUGAGGAAGAACCACUACAGGGUUGGCUUGACGAGCAUUACCAGCUUUUGAAAAAUGAAGCUCGUGAAUUAGCUGUUAGGUUAAGCUUUCUUGAUGAACUUAUUUCUAAGGGUAGCCAAUGUCAUGCUGAAUCAAAUAAUUCUCUUGAAGGAAAAGUGCAGUAUAAUGGGGAGGAGAUUGAUGUUCAAGAUGCUUCAGCUAUCCAGAAAUUGCGCGAUGAAAUAUACCAACGAUCAUUCCGGUCAUAUUACCAGGCAUGCCAGCUCCUUGUUCCAUCAGAAGGAUCAGGUGCCUGUAAAAAUGGCUUCCAAGCUGGUUUCAAGCCCAGCACAGCCAGAACUUCUCUUUUCUCUGUUUGUGCUACUGAAUUAGAUGUAAGCUUGACAAAAAUUGAAGGUGGUGAGGCUGGGAUGAUUGAAGUUUUGCAUAAGCUUGAUCCUGUAUGCCUUGCCCAUAACAUUCCAUUUUCAAGACUGUAUGGAGGGAACAUUAUUCUGCAUGCAGGUACUAUUGUUGUUCGGAUAAGAGACUAUACAUGCCCAAUGCUUGCUACAACUGGUGGUCGAUGCGAAGGCCGUAUUAUUCUAGCUCAACAGGCAACGCCUUUUCAGCCCCAAAUGGACCAAGAUGUCUAUGUUGGGAAAUGGAGGAAAGUGCACCUUCUUCGCUCACUCAGCGGCACAACUCCACCAAUAAAAACAUUUUUGGAUUUGCCUUUACAUUUCCAGAAAGGAGAAAUUUCCUUUGGUGUUGGUUUUGAACCAUCCUUCACUGAUCUCAGCUAUGCUUUUACUGUGGCUCUCCGUAGAGCCAAUUUAAGCAUUAGGAACCCAAAUCCAGUAGUUCAGCCCCCUAAAAAGGAAAAGAGCUUACCUUGGUGGGAUGAAAUGAGAAACUACAUUCAUGGAAAUACCACUUUAUGUUUUUCUGAGACAAGAUGGAAUAUUCUUGCGACCACGGAUCCCUAUGAAAACUUAGAUAAGCUUUAUGUUGUUUCGGGCUAUCUGGAAAUCCAGCAAUCAGAUGGUCGUAUUUAUGCUUCUGCAAAGGAUUUCAAGUUUUUUCCAAGCAGUUUAGAAUGCUUACUGAAGAACCCCCCUUCGAAACAUUUUUCUGAAUUUUCUGUGCCUUUCCUAGUCGUCCCGUUCUUCACACUUGAAGUAACACUUGAAUGGGAUUGUGAAUCUGGCGAUCCACUAAAUCAUUAUUUAUUUGCACUUCCAAGUGAAGGUGUAGCUCGUGAAUUUGUUUUUGACCCCUUCAGAUCCAUUGCUCUUUCGCUGAGAUGGAAUUUCUCCCUUAGGCCUACUCUUCCCUCUAAUAGUCACCAGUCGCAAUCAUCUUCCACUAAUGAUCAGGUUGUUCUGGAUGGAGUUGCUUGUAGUCCCUUGAAAUCAGAGAAUGCACGGAAUGAUUCACCAACUGUCAAUCUUGGUCCUCAUGAUUUAGCAUGGCUUAUCAAAUUUUGGAACUUAAAUUAUCUGCCCCCUAAUAAAUUGCGGACCUUUUCCAGGUGGCCCCGCUUUGGGGUCCCUCGGAUUCCCAGAUCAGGAAAUCUUGCACUGGAUAAGGUAAUGACAGAAUUUAUGCUCCGGAUUGAUGCUACCCCUACUUGUAUAAGGCACGUGCCUUUACAUGAUGAUGAUCCAGCAAAGGGACUGACAUUUAACAUGACAAAGGUGAAAUUUGAAAUGUAUUUUAGUCGGGGUAAGCAAAAGUUUACAUUUGAAUGCUUUCGGGAUCCUCUUGACCUGGUGUAUCAGGGUCUUGACCUUCACCUACCCAAAGCAUACAUAAGUAAGGAAGAUUGCAUAACUGUUGCAAAAGUAAUUCAAAUGACUAGGAAAAAGUCCCCCCCUGCAUCCAUGGAAAGAGUCAUGAGUGAUAAAAGCAGCUCCACACAGAACACCACUGAAAGGCAUCAGGAUGAUGGAUUUUUGUUAUCAUCAGAUUACUUUACAAUCCGCAGGCAAUCCCCAAGGGCUGAUGCUGCAAGGUUAUUGGCAUGGCAAGAAGCUGGUAGGAGAAAUCUUGAAAUGACCUAUGUCAGAUCUGAGUUUGAAAAUGGGAGUGAAAGUGAUGACCAUACAAGAUCUGACCCCAGCGAUGAUGAUGGAUACAAUGUCGUUAUUGCUGACAAUUGUCAACGGAUUUUUGUUUAUGGUCUGAAGCUACUUUGGACUCUUGAAAAUAGAGAUGCUGUUUGGUCUUGGGUAGGUGGGUUAUCUAAGGCAUUUGCACCUCCAAAGCCUUCUCCUUCUCGAAUGUAUGCCCAAAGAAAAUUGCUUGAGGAGAAAAAUGUCCUUGAUAGACCUGAUGAUCAGAAAGAUGAUACCCAAAAAUCUUCUUCUGUCAUUGAUGGUGCAAGUUCUUCUUCCCAGAAUGUGGAGACAUCAAAAUCUCUCUCCUCUCCUUCUUCCCAGAAUGUGGAGACAUCAAAGUCUCUCUUUUCUCCUUCCCAGAAUGUGGAGACAUCAAAAUCUCUCUCUCCUCCUCCCAAGAAUGUGGAGACAUCAAAAUCUCUAUCUCCUCCUUCCGAGAAUGUGGAGACAUCAAAGUCUCCAUUUUCUCCUUCCCAGAAUGUGGAGGCAUCAAAAUCUCUAUCUUCUCCUUCUUCUCAGAAUGUGGAGACAUCAAAAUCUAUCUCUUCUCUGCCAAGUUCAGACACAGUGGAAAAUCCUUCCUCUAGUGCAAUUGCAAAAAAUAGCAAUGUUGAUGACCCUGAGGAGGAGGGCACACGCCAUUUCAUGGUGAACGUUAUUGAGCCACAAUUCAAUCUUCACUCUGAAGAAGCUAAUGGUAGAUUCUUGCUCGCGGCUGUGAGUGGUCGUGUUUUGGCUCGAUCCUUUCAUUCAGUUCUUCAUGUUGGCUAUGAAAUGAUUGAACAAGCACUUAGUGGAGAAAAGAUCCAAAUACCUGAAUCUCAGCCUGAAAUGACAUGGAACCGCAUGGAGUUCUCUGUGAUGUUGGAGCACGUGCAAGCUCAUGUAGCCCCAACUGAUGUGGAUCCAGGGGCUGGACUGCAGUGGCUCCCCAAAAUUCGACGGAGCUCACCAAAAGUAAAGCGUACUGGAGCUUUACUAGAAAGGGUUUUUAUGCCCUGUGACAUGUAUUUCCGAUACACCAGGCACAAAGGAGGAACUUCUGAUCUUAAGGUGAAGCCCUUGAAAGAGCUUACAUUCAAUUCUCAUAAUAUAACAGCUUCAAUGACAUCCAGACAAUUCCAAGUCAUGCUUGAUGUGUUGACCAAUCUUCUCUUUGCGCGUCUUCCUAAGCCUCGCAGAAAUAGUCUAUCAUAUUCAGCUGAAGAUGAUGAAGACGUUGAGGAGGAGGCCGAUGAAGUGGUUCCUGAUGGUGUUGAAGAAGUAGAACUAGCAAAAGUUAACCUUGAACAGAAAGAGAGGGUGCAGAAGGUGAUCUUUGAUGAUAUAAGGAAGUUGUCUGUGCGAGCUGAUAUUUCUGGUGACCCAAAUCAAGAAAUGGAGAUGGAUCUAUGGAUGAUAACUUGUGGAAGGUCCAUACUGGUGCAAAGAUUGAAAAAAGAGCUCAUCAAUGCACAAAACUCCAGAAAGGCUGCAUCAGCUUCUCUAAGGACAGCUUUGCAGAAAGCUGCACAGCUACGACUAAUGGAAAAAGAGAAAAAUAAAAGCCCUUCUUAUGCUAUGCGGAUUUCUUUGCAAAUUAAUAAGGUGGUCUGGAGCAUGCUUGUUGAUGGGAAGUCUUUUGCUGAAGCUGAGAUAAAUGACAUGAUCUAUGAUUUUGACAGAGAUUAUAAGGAUGUUGGUGUCGCUAAGUUCACUACAAAAUCCUUUGUUGUGAGAAAUUGUCUUCCCAAUGCCAAGUCAGACAUGCUCCUGUGUCCGUGGAACCCUCGUGCUGAAUGGGGAAAAAAAGUGAUGCUCCGUGUAGAUGCAAAACAAGGAUCUCCAAAGGAUGGUAACACACCUCUUGAAUUGUUCCAGGUGGAUAUUUACCCUUUGAAGAUACAUCUGACUGAGUCCUUGUACAAAGUGAUGUGGCACUAUUUCUUUCCUGAAGAAGAACAAGACUCCCAGCGACGGCAGGAAGUGUGGAAGGUUUCAACUACAGCAGCUGCAAGGCGUGUAAAGAAAGGCUCAACAGUUCAUGAUGCAUCUCCAUCUAGCAGUCAUUCAACAAAAGAUGCUGAAACUUCCAAAUCAAGCACCUCCGGCUCUGCAGCUUCAAGUGUUAACCAAUCAAGUGUUCAUGUUGAUUCUUCCCAAGCACCAAAGUCGCAGCAUCUGAAAGCAAAAUCUGGUAGUGGUUCAAUCCCAGAGCUAAGAAGAACAUCUUCCUUUGACAGAACAUGGGAAGAAACUGUGGCAGAAUCUGUGGCAAAUGAACUUGUAUUGCAAAUGCACUCUUCAAAUGUUUCUUCACCAAAAGCUGGUCCAAAUGCUGGUCUUGAACAGCACGAUGACAACACUAAAAAUAAAUUUAAAGAUACCAAACAAGUGAAACCUGGACGGUCCUCUCAAGAUGAGAAAAAGGCCGGAAAAGUACCAGAUGAUAAAAGAUCCCGACCUCCUCGAAGGUUGAGGGAGUUUAACAAUAUCAAGAUUAGUCAGGUUGAGCUGUUACUUACCUAUGAAGGAUCGAGAUUUGCGGUAAGUGACUUAAGGUUGUUGAUGGACACAUUCCAUCGUGUUGAGUUCACUGGAACAUGGAGGAGGUUAUUCUCACGUGUAAAGAAGCAUAUAAUUUGGGGAGUUCUAAAAUCUGUCACAGGAAUGCAGGGGAAGAAAUUUAAAGAUAAAGCGCAGCCCACUACUGUUGCUGUUCCAGAGAGUGAUCUCAAUCUCAGCGAUAGUGAUGGAGGUUCAGCUGAGAAAACUGAUCAGCUCCCAAUGGCCUGGCCAAAGCGUACUAGUGAUGGGGCAGGUGAUGGUUUUGUUACCUCCAUAAGGGGCCUUUUCAAUUCUCAGCGCCGCAAGGCAAAGGCCUUUGUUUUGAGGACAAUGAGGGGUGAAGGAGAGAAUGAGCUCCAUGGUGAGUGGAGCGAAAGUGAUGCAGAGUUCUCACCAUUUGCCAGACAGCUAACCAUAACAAAAGCUAAAAGGCUAAUUAGACGUCACACUAAAAAGUUCCGUUCUAGAGGACAGAGAGGUUUAUCCAUCAAAGAGUCACUCCCUGCAUCGCCCAGGGAGAGCACACCUUUCGAAAGUGAUUCUUCAAGUGGAUCCUCACCUUUUGAAGAUUUCGAAGAAAAGCUUCAAGAGUUGUCGAAGGAAUCAGAACGUUCAUGAUACAGCUUGCACUACAGGGUUUUCUAGCUACCCGCGGCAUUCUCUUUGUAGCUCGCACAGACCAGAUGCAGCUAGCCUGAUGAUUUGCCUUUGUAACUUCCCAGGAAAGAUUUGAUAGAUUUCCUAGCCAUCUUUGGGACAAAGUGAGCUGCAGGUCUGUUUAUGUGGAAAUGGAAAUAUAUCACCAAUCUAUAUAAUAAAAACAUUACCAAUUGAAAUCGAGCACUCAUAUUUCUGUGAGAGUUGCACUUACUGCUCUCUCAUACCCUGAAAAAGAGUUGUAUGUUCAUAUUUAGGUGAGCCACAUAUUCACGUCCUCUUUUUCAGUCACUAUGUUUUCUCCACACGGGGAACCUUCAGGCUUCAAAGAGCCAAUAAUUUUGUAGCAUAGCAAGAGGUUGAAACGCGUCAUAAGUGGUAUUACUGUAUCACAAAUUAAAGAAAUAACAUUUUUUUCUCUUCACAUUUGUAUACGCAUGCAUCUAUGCAUUCUGCAUAGGGGACGACAGGUCCAAAUUAUACCGGCACAAUUGCGAUCAGAUGUGCUAUACAUGAAGCACGAGUUCACCACCACACUGCACGCAUGGACUGUGAGUGCAACAUUAGCCUCCGUUGUUAGUUUUACUACUAAUUAAUGAUUCCCAUAUUUGAUU